AUAAGGUGGCAACGAGUUAUCACGUGACAUAGCAACGUUAACGUUGCUGAUGGUUGCAAGCUGCGCUUUUGCUGAUCGCCUGAAAAUCGUCAAACAAUUGCAAAUAUGACAAAAUACAAACCUGUUGAUACAGUAUAUGAAGAUAUAUACGAUUUCGAUGAUAUCAAUGAUCAAUGCUUCGAGACUACAAAGUCUGGUGAUACCUUCACACCCGACUUCAAUGGUAACAUUUUACCGCCUGUCUCCAGACCAAAGCCUAAAAUUGAUGAAACACGCCUUCCUCCCGUCGUCGUCGGUAAAUAUCUAGUUUCAAAACCACCACCGGCUAGAAAUUACUGUCUAUAUGGUGAACACAAGUCUUCUACAAACGUUGGACUCAAAGAUGUUUCCUGUCAUAGUCGAGCUAAAACUCCGAGUGUUCCAUCGUGGCAUUACACUGAAGAACACAAGAGAGGACUCGAAGACAAAGUAACAAAGUUGCCACCAAUUAACAGACCAUGUCGUCAACAGACCCGCCAAACAGAUAUAAAGGUACUCGACGAAGAUGCAUUAUAUAGAUCAUUAAUGGAAGGCAUUCACGACAAGAGUGAGAUAGAAAAAAGUCCGCAAGUUCUCGAGUAUGAAAGAAGAAAUAAGAUAAAACACGAGGGCUAUAGAAGAGAUGUCCAAGAGAGGAAUGUGCAUGUUCCAUGCCAUACCAGUGAUGUAUCUACCAUAAGAGAAGCAGAUACAGCGAAAAGAACGCUUACUACUCACAUAGACUCCAAUAGUUUAAAUAAAAUACAGACAUCAGUUUACAGCCCGGCCCCUCCGACAGCUCCCAAACCCGACACCUCACAGCAAGGUACAUAUAGAAACAGACGAAGAGCCCUGCGCGUCUCCACUCAGCUUGACCAGGAUAUUUCUGUGUACAAUCCAUCACAGAAAUAUCACAAGCCACGACCUCCGCCAGCAGAGGUUCAAAUCAACUGGGAAGCUGAUGUACAGGAGGCGCUCAGGGUAGAACGGGAGCUGGAAGAUCUACAUAAAGCACUAGUAAAGCAAAAGAACGCCGACAUUACAUGCAAUAUGGAGAGAAUGCCUCCUUCAAUGGCCGCGGAAGCUAAUUCCAAUCUGCCAGGUCGAGCGACACCUUGCAUUAUACCAGCUGCUGCUGUGCCAUACAAGUCAUCCGAGCCCGUCAAGUCCUGGAAUAAUGAUACAGCAAAACGAGGGCUCGGAUUUAGGUCAAGGGUAAGGAAGGAGAAUGAGAAAAAGAAGGAACAAGAAAAAAGAAAUGCAAACGUGAGCAAUCUCAUACCCGAAAAAAUUAGGAAAGAGAUGCAAAAAUAUUUUAACUAAAUUUGUUUAUUUUUUAUUAUUUUUUGUUAUCUUUUGUUCAUCGAACUUUUCAUCUCUUUACGAAGAAACGAAACCAAAUUCAACAAACUUGAAGAAGAAAUUUUCAUUUUUGGCAAAACUUAAUACUUCAUAUACUUCUUUGCUUGAAGUGUGAUAAGAAUUUAAGCAUUUUUUUCAACGACUGAAAGGAUGAUUUCCAAAAGUGACUGGUUUAGUUUUUCGAUUUUAUUUGUUUGUAUUUUGUUUUUGUUGAGAUGCUGAUUUGUAUUUUUUUAUAUUUGUUGUAUAUAAUGAUUGCCAUAUUCUACACGAAAAUCAGUAACUGUACGAUAUGCGAAAGAUGAACGCAUGUGAAACUAUACUCCAUAUAUAUCCAGAGAUGAAAUGUAUGGAACAAAUCAUAGUAACAAUAACUGAUGUUUCGGAAACUUUCUGCGGAGAAAAGAAUGGCACGCGAUUCGAGAUGACAAUUGUUUUUGUUUUUUUCAAACAAAAGAAGUGCAUAUAGUAUUAGUGCUACGAGUAUAUACUCUCCGGGUAAAUAUCACUUCUGUGAAACAAAUGACUGACCAGAUCGAUUCAUCAGACGAUUUGCUCGAAGGAGAGUCGGUAAACAUCAUACAUAGUCUGUUAUGUUGAGAGAAAAAUUAAAAACAACAUUAUAUAUAAAAGAAUAAACUCAACAUUUUAUAUAAAACAAUACAUUAAAGAAAUGUGAGGAAGGAUGCUUUAAAGGGCAACAACAGACUCAGAGUAACAUGUUAUAGAAAAUUUGUAAAAGUAUUAGAAAGAAAAUAAAUGAGAAAGACGAUUUGUGAAAAGAUGAGAAAGUAAACUACAAAGAAGAUUUGUGAGAAGAUGACAAAGAAAGUAAACUACAAAGAAGAUUUGUGAAAAAUGACAAAGAAAGUAAACUGCAAAGACUACAAAGAAGAUUUGUGAAAGAUGAGAAAGAAAGUAAACUACUAUGAAUAUUUGUAAAAAGGAAGAGAAAGAAAAUAUACUACAAAGAAGAUUCGUGAAAAGAUGAGAAAAAACUACAGAGUAGAGUUGUGAAAAGACGAGAAGGAAAUAUAUCUUCAAAGAAGAUUUGUAGAAGAUAAGAAAGAAAAUGAACUACAAAGAAAAUUCAUGAAAAGAUGAGAAAGAACUCAAACUACAAAAAAGAUUCAUGAAAAUAAUAGAAAAAAACUAUAAAGAAGAUUUGUGGAAAGAUAAGAAAGAAAGUAAACUACAAAGAAGAUUCGUGAAAAAUAUGAGAAAGAAAAUAAACUACACAGAAGAAUCGUGAAAA